GGUGCCGGCCCCGGGGGCCUCGCUCGGUGCCACGGCGCGGGGCGAGCCGGGGAUGCGCGGCCGGAGCCGGAGCCCCGGACCAGCCCGUCCGCUCCGCGGCCGCCGCCGGGCGAAGUUUGGCGGCCGGAGCCGCAGGUAGCGGGGUGUCCGGGGUGUCCUCCUGCCCGGGCGGGGUGCGGGCUGCCGGGGCUUAUCGGCGUCUCCGCAGCAUCGCUUGUUUGCAGAAAGGAUAAAGCGCGUCUCUAAAUAGGUCAGGGGCUUCGGCAGCGCCUGGGAUUUGCGUAACGAUUUUCGUUACGUGGGGAAGGUGCCGGCUCCUGCUCCCGGGCUCCGAGGCUGGAGCGAGCGCUGCUUUCCAGGCACACGGAGUGACUUUCUAAAAAGAAGUAGUUGUAUGGGCACAGCUCGGCUUUCUUGUUUUUAAACCCCGGCGACUUCGGGAAAGUUACAUUUCUUCAGCAAAGGAUGCAUUAACCCACAUGAAGGAGUCAUCUUUGAUGAGCUAAUUACGCGUGGUAUGAAGCGUCCAUUAAGUCCUGACCACAUCCUUGAAGAUGGGAUUAUGAAUCAACCAGCUGUUCUACGGGUCUUUGAAGAAAAAGGACUGAGGAAUGACAGACAGGAUUAUCAACUAAGCAAAGAAAAAAAGAAGAUACUGUUUUCCUUCUGUGAAGUGUGCAAUAUACAGCUGAACUCUGCAGCCCAAGCUCAAGUUCAUUACAACGGGAAAUCUCACUUGAAAAGAGUGAAGCAACUAAAUAAUGGAAAACUCCCUACAAGUACAGCUCCUGGCACUUUGUUUGCAAGUACAAGCACAGGCACUACUACACUUCCCACCCUUGUGCGCACACCUACCUUGAUGAUGCAGCCUUCCCUGGAUAUCAAACCCUUUAUGUCCUUCCCUGUGGACAGCAGCUCUGCUGUUGGAUUCUUCCCAAAUUUUAACACAAUGGAUCCUGUGCAAAAAGCAGUCAUAAACCAUACAUUUGGAGUGUCCAUUCCCCCAAAGAAGAAACAAGUCAUUUCCUGUAAUGUCUGCCAGCUUCGUUUUAACUCUGAUAGCCAGGCCGAGGCCCACUACAAAGGAAGUAAGCAUGCCAAGAAGGUCAAAGCACUAGAGGCAACGAAAAACAAACCCAAAGUUGGUUCUUCCAAGGACAGCGCAAAGGUUAACACGGGCUGCUCCACCACGCCAGGCACAGCCAACAUCUCUGACAAAUCAGAAGACAAAGGGAAAGAAAAACCCAACAGUGCAAGUCAGCAGUCCAAUACAGAAGUGGAUCCACUUCUUCCCAAACCUGGAGUAGCACCUGCAGCACCGGCCUCAUCCUCCAAGAGCACGAAUGGAGCUGCUAACACAGUUACUGAGUCAGAAGAGGAAAAAGCCAAAAAACUACUUUACUGUUCAUUAUGCAAAGUGGCUGUGAAUUCCCUUUCACAACUAGAAGCCCACAACACAGGCUCCAAGCACAAGACCAUGGUCGAAGCUCGGAAUGGUGCUGGUCCCAUCAAGUCUUACCCUAGGCCUGGAUCCCGAAUGAAGGUGCAGAGUGGCAGUAAAGGCUCAGGACUGCAGAACAAAACCUUCCAUUGUGAAAUCUGUGAUGUCCAUGUGAAUUCAGAAAUCCAGCUCAAACAGCACAUUUCCAGCCGAAGGCAUAAGGACAGAGUUGCAGGAAAGCCUAUGAAACCUAAAUAUAGUCCUUACAACAAGCUGCAGCGCAACCCAAGUAUUUUAGCAGCAAAACUUGCAUUCCAGAAGGACAUGAUUAAGCCACUGGCACCUGCUUUCCUCUCCUCUCCUCUGGCUGCAGCUGCAGCUGUCUCGUCAGCGCUGUCCCUCCCUCCCCGGCCCUCGGCAUCCCUGUUCCAGGCACCAGCAAUCCCGCCAGCUCUGCUCCGGCCGGCCCACGGGCCCAUCCGGGCAACGCCUGCCUCCAUCCUCUUUGCACCCUACUGAUUCACUGAUGUGAAAAUGAGAUACCUAUGGCCAGUACAAAGGGUAAAGGGAAGCAGGAAAGGGGUUGAAAUUUUAAAGUGUUUCUCUUUUGCAAUGGCAUCCAGCGUGACUCCUCAUCCAACCACGCCAUAAAAUCCAUCAUUCACAGCACUGCGUUUUGGAGUCUAGACAACUCUAUCUUCUCUCUGUCUGUAUUUUUUUUUAAAUCAAAAUAGUGUGAUUUGCUUAAAUAUUGAAUUUCUCAUUAAAUUUAUAUCAUUAAAGUGUCAUGCAUCUACUCAUCAUUUUCUUUUCUUCCUUUUUUUUUUUUUUCCAUUUUUAUGAUGCACCUUGGAAUCAAGAAACAUAAAAUAUUUUCCUGACAGACUUGAAAACUAGGGUCUUCCUCACUCACACCUAUGUAAAUACUUCUCUGAAAAGCAACGGGGUGUAAUCUCAUGUGGAAAAAUGGAAAAGGCAGAUGAACCAAAUGCUUGAUUGCAGACAACAUCUCAAAAAAGAAUUGCAUCCAUUCUUUUUGUGUGCUCUUGUUGACAGGAAUUGUGUGCUGUCCUAGACCCCAGUACUGAUGUAUCUUGUGUAGUACUACAGAUGUACCAUGUCUGAUUUUAAUAUUUUUAGUUCCUGUGCAAAUGUUUGAAAGCAAUGCAAUGCUGAAGCUUUCAAUUAUUUCUUUUGUGUCAUACUUUAUGUAGAGAAAUCAAAAAUAGAAAGCCAUAUAACAUAGAUUUAAGAUUACUGCUUGUUUGCUACUUUCAUUUAACUUAUUUUUGUUGUUUCUUCACUGGUGUUGCUAAGCAAUGUUUAAAGAGAAAAAAAGCUUUUCAAUUGCACAUUGCCACAGCUCACAUGCGUUGUUCAAGAGGACAAUGGAUCCAUGUGUUUGUACGUAAAUAUCCUGUUUUCCUAAUUUCUAACUAGUUUCCUUUGUAAUGAUGCUGCAUAACAUUGUGGCUCCCUAAUGCAAUAAUGUACAGAACAUAAAAUAUUUAUAAUUGACCAUAUUCUCUGUUUACUGAAUAUAUUGCAGUAAUGUCCCACCUAUCUUCUUACUUCCCCAACCCUUUUAUAAAGGUGAAUCAAUAUGCAGUGCUCAGACUGGAGUCAUUAUGUCAUAAUGGGGACUACAGGUGGAAGAAAGGAAAAAAAAAAAGAGAGAAUUAACUUUUAGAGCAUCUUUAUCAGCAAUCCAUAAUAGUAAGAUGUCUGUGUAUUUUUUUAAAUGUACCUUUUCAAUAAAAUAAUAAGAAAAUUA